AUGGCCGUUUUUAGAUCUCAGUCUAGAAAGUAAGUCAAGUUUAUAGUAUUGGUAUUUUGGCAUUUAGAAGAUCACACUCACGCCCAAAACCCUCAUCAACAAUAUCGCGAAUACCCUCGAAUGGUGAACUGAAGCUGCCGCCGGAGCGUGAGAACGAUAACGUAGAGUAUAAAGUGAGUGGGAGGGGUGUUCCAAAAAAAAUCAAUUACCCGCUACAAUAUGACAUCUCCCUUCUUUAGUCCAAAUUAAUCAACCCGAAUGCCAAGCGCCUGCAGCACCUUUGCACACAGAUGAAAUGGCGUCUUCAGCAGGGCGACGGAGAAGCCAUCUACGAAAUUGGAGUCGAAGAUGACGGCCGAAUGACCGGAUUGGAGAACGAUGAGAUGUCAAUUAGCAUGCAGACGCUUUGCACAAUGGCGCAGAGCGUUGGAGCGGUGCUUAUAAUCCUCAAAGACCAAUGCGUGUACGGAAAACCGGGCGAAGCGGGCUCUCGGCGGGUCAUCGAAGCACUGAUCCGAAAACUGCCGGAUGAUCAGCAAUUUUCGGACCUUAGGUAAGCGCGAGGUGCGCCCUGGCUCAGAGGAAAGUUGAGGAAUCAGAAAAAGGUCUGGUUGUUUGACAAGAAUGUCGGAAGAGUAGUUACUAGUAUAUUAUUUAUUACUUUUUGUGAAAAAAAUUAUUGAUGGUCGACAUCGGCAAGCUGCGCCCUAUUUUUUUCUGAAUUUUCUUUUUUUUAUCGUAUCUUUUUGCUGUUUUUGCGAUAAAUUUCCUGAAAGGCAUUGUAAACCAUUCUUUGCAGAGUAGCCAUCCUCGGCAAUGCAUCAGCCGGCAAGUCGACCUUGUGUGGAGUCCUAACUCAAGGAGUUUUGGACAAUGGAAAUGGAAAAUGCCGCCUCAACUUGCUGCGUUACAUGCACGAAGUUCGAACCGGGAAAACAUCGUCCGUCAACCUGGAUGCCUUCGGAUUCGAUAAAGCUGGAAAUGUAAGGAUUUUAAUCGCUUUUGGAUUUUUUCGAAUUUUAGGUGCUAAAUUACUCCGAGAACUCGCUGGAAGAGAUUGUAAAACACUCGACGAAACUAAUAACCCUCAUUGAUUUGGCCGGGGAUCGGAAGUACAUGAAAACCACUAUUUACGGGGUGUCCGGUUACACUCCACAUUACUGCGCACUGCUGGUGAACGCUCGAAUUGGAUGGACGCAAAUGAGCCAAGAGCACUUCGAACUGGCCAAGGCUUUCAAUGUACCGGUGUUUAUAAUCGUAACGAAAGUGGACCUGGUCACAGAACAGAGACUCCAACGGAUUUUCCAGCAAAUCCAGGCGGUUGUAAAAAGAUCUCAUCCAAAUCUGCUGGUUCAGAAGGUGGAUGACGAAGAAAUGGCCGAAAAGUAAGGAAUUUGAGACUUUUUGUUUGGAUUUUUAGAGGUAUAAAGGCUUGAUGUGGAUCAUGAAAGGUUGAGAGGACAUUAAGAAGUUGGUAUUGUCAAAAAAAUUGAGGGAAAACACCUUGUUUUAGGUAGCUUUGUGACUAUUUUAGAAAAUUUGAGAAAUUUGAUGGGGAUAAAGGGAAAUUCACAGUGGAUUUGAAAUGGGAAGAGAAUAGGCUUAUUUUUUGUGUGGCACGUUGAACAUUUUUCUCUGAUAAACGGUUUUUUAUACCCGCAAUUUUUUCCAGAGCCGCUCAAGAUUUGAUGAACAAUAAGACCGUACCGCUGAUCCAAAUAUCAUCAGUGAAUGGGACUGGCCUUCAAACACUCUUAACCUUCUUUCGAAGACUCCCAGCCCGAAUCAGCCGUCGACGCGCCGCAUCCGAAGCCGAGCCGCCCUCAACUCUGUUCCAUGUCGACGAAAUUUUCCGCGUCUGCGAAGUGGGCUGGGUGGUGUACGGCCUCAUGGCGGAGGGCAGUGUCAAAGAGAACGAUUGGGUUCAGAUCGGGCCGGAUUCGCAGGACCAGUUCCACUUCGGCCAGGUGAAAAGUUUGAGGCGGAAUAAACAGCCGGUGUGGACGGUGAAUGCGGGAGAAACGGCGUCGCUGGCGGUGUCGUUCGAAAAGACCGGCGCCGAAAAUUGGCUGAGAAAAGUGAGGAGACAUUUGUUUGAUUUUUUGGCCGAAAUUUUGAAGUUUUGGCAAGAAUUUGAAUUUUGGGGUUUUGGCGGGAAAUUCAAAUCCAAUUUUUUUUUAGGGAAUGGUCCUUAUGAACCAUGAUGCUACUCCAAGAUGUUGCCGUCGUUUUGUCGCUAGAUUUUGUCUCCUUUCCCAUCCGGUCGACGAACUCUGCAUUGGAUUUCAAGGCACAGGUAAAUUUUAUAUUGUUUUAGGUAAGGUACGGACAAUUUUUUUGAAUUUUGAUGGAUUUUUUGUGGUAAAACGUAAUGUGAUUGCUUUUGAGAGGGGGUUGCGGGUUUUCGAACUGAUUUCUCUGAUUUUUAUUGUUAGGAAUGCAUUUUUUUUAUAUUAUUUUAGCCAAAAAUGAUAAAAAAAAAUUUGUUGAAAUUGCAUUUUGAUAUCUUUUGGUGACUCUGAGUGGAUUUAUUGAGGCUUAUUUUCAUUUUUUUCGAUUUAAACCCCUGAAUUUUUAGUGUACAUUCGAUCUCUGAGGCGCACUGUGACCAUCGUUGAUUUCUCAUCGGAGUCACUGAAAUGCGGCGAACCGACGGAUGUGACCUUCGAGUUCUAUGGAGGACCGUCCUAUGUUCGCGAGGGAGAGCACGUCUUCUUCAGAGAGCGCACUACCAAAGGAGUAGGACAGGUCCUGUCCAUCAUGUGA